GGCCGGGCCCGGCUCUGCUCUCCGCGGAGCACCCAGGCCGCAGAGGGCCUUGCGCGGCGAAACCAGGCGCCGUCCCGCGCGGUCCUCAGCUGCAGGGCCGCGGGCGGGCCAAGCCGGAUACCCCAGUCUUGGCAGUCCUCCGAGGCUCACAGAGUGCCUCUGCGGAGCCCCGCCACGCGCAGGCAGGGUGGCCACUGCUGUGGGUGUGGAGGUGCCUGACAAGAUGAAGUGCCGAAUCCCAGUGGUGCUCCUUGCCUGUGGCUCCUUCAAUCCCAUCACCAACAUGCACCUGCGCUUGUUUGAGGUGGCCAGAGACCACCUGCACCAAACAGGAAUGUACAAGGUGAUCGGGGGCAUCAUCUCUCCCGUCAACGACAACUACAGAAAGAAAGACCUCGCGGCUGCCCACCACCGGGUGGCAAUGGUCCGACUGGCCCUGCAGACAUCCGACUGGAUCCGGGUGGACCCCUGGGAGAGUGAGCAGGUGCAGUGGAUGGAGACGGUGAAGGUGCUGAGGCAUCAUCACAGAGAACUGCUCAGAUCUCUGCCCCAGACGGAAGGCCCGGAGCACGGCAGGGCUCGCUCGUCAGCCCCCACAGCUGUGCCUGAGCUGAAGCUCCUCUGCGGGGCAGACUUCCUGAAGAGCUUCCAGACCCCCAACCUCUGGAAAGACGCACAUAUCCAGGAAAUAGUGGAGAAGUUUGGCAUGGUGUGUGUGAGCAGGACGGGUCACAACCCAAAGGAAUACAUCUCAGCUUCAGCCAUCCUGCAGAGGUACCAGCACAACAUUCACUUGGUCAGGGAGCCCGUGCAGAAUGAGCUCAGCUCCACGUAUAUCAGGAGGGCGUUGAGCCAAGGGCAGAGCGUCAAAUACCUGCUCCCAGACGCCGUCAUCACCUACAUCAAGGAGCACAACCUCUACGCAGGGGACAGUUCCUAGAAAGACAACAGCACCCAGAGAAAUGAAGGAACGACAGGCUGGGGAGACCCAGCCACUCUUCCACGAGCUCCUCCUCAGUGAAGAGCAGCUAAGGUCUUCGGUUUCUUUGUUUUUUGUAGUUUUUUUGUUUUUUGUUUUUUGCUUUUCCAUUUUUCCUUUGUUUUAUAUAGACAACGAUUUUAUUUCAGAGGGGUCUUCUUUCCCAGGAUGAGAUACCUUCUUUUGGGAGGAACAGGCAUCUACACAAGAAUGGACAUUUAUCGAAGAAGCUAAAAUGGUGCAACAGGCCAUUAGGGCUAGACAAAAACUCUCGGAACUGCCCGGUGCAAGGCCUUCUUAUUUGGUAAACGCUGAUUGUGCCAUGCGCGCUGAAGGUGGUUCUGCAAGAGGCGCGGGCCCCUGAGGGUCAGAUCAGAAUGGCCCACGCACGUUUGUUAACUAGGACCAGGUGCAGCCUGCUGGUCUUGAUUGGAGAGACUUGACAGGAUGCUAAUUACCAAACGGUGGGCUCUGUCAACGCCUUGUUGCAACAAAAUACUGCUAAUUGAGGAGUCAAGCAUUUGGAAACAGCACUUUGCCCAUUUACUUUGAAUCUUCCCUUAAGAACCACUGUCUGCCUGCCCAGACUGUAGAUAAAAUUUAAACUAAAAUCUUUCUAAGUAGUGACGCUCAAACAAUAUUUUUGAUACGGCAGAUAUCAAAAUAUCUUUUUAACAGGACUUUUUAAAUAAAUGCCAGGACUCCUGAUUUCCAAAUUUCCAAAAAGGAACGGAGGUAAAACAGAUGCCUUGACUAUUUUAAAAGAUCUUUUUGAAUGUUUUAUGACUACCUGCCUAUUUGAAUACUGGUAAAGGGAUAAAUAAUAAAUUGACAUCAAAAAUA